UCCUUGUCUGCAGCUUACAAACUUAUGAUCAUGUCGCAAAGCCGCCAUUUUAGCUCUCUACUCUUUGUUCUUACUCUUAUCUACUUGGUCUGUACAAUAUAUGCUUCUCCUUUUCUUCAUCCAGAUGAAGUGGAAGCACUUAAGGAUAUAGCAUUGACACUGGGUGUGAAACAUUUGAACCUAAGUGAAGAUCCAUGUCUCACAAAGACUCUAGUAAUAACUCAAGAAGUUCUCAAGGAAGGACAGAACAGCACAAUCAAAUGUGACUGUGGUUUCAACAACAACAACACUUGUCAUAUCACACACUUUGUCCUUAAAACAUUCAGUCUUCCCGGUAGACUUCCACCAGAAUUUUCCAAGCUUCGGUAUCUUGAAUUUAUUGACUUGUGCCGUAAUUAUCUUUACGGCUCAAUUCCUAUUGAAUGGGCCUCACUGCCUUACCUAAAAUCUCUCUCUGUUUGCGCAAAUCGGUUAUCAGGAGACAUUCCUAAAGGACUGGGCAAAUUUACUAACCUCACUCUCUUAGUUCUUGAAGCCAAUCAGUUCUCUGGAACUAUCCCUAAGGAACUAGGGAACCUAGUUAACCUAGAAGGAUUAGCACUCUCAUCUAACCAAUUAGUUGGAGGCGUACCCAAGACAUUAGCAAGACUAAGAAAUUUGACUAAUCUGCGGUUUAGUGAUAAUCGCCUUAACGGAUCCAUCCCUGAGUUUAUAGGGAACUUAUCAAAACUUCAAAGAUUAGAACUUUACGCAAGCGGCUUAAGCGAACCUGUUCCAGAGUCCAUUUUCCGUCUAGAGAAUUUGAUUGACCUGAGGAUCAGCGACACAACCGCAGGAUUGGGACAAGUUCCUCUUAUAACUAGCAAGAGCCUGAAAUUUUUGGUUCUAAGAAACAUGAACUUAACAGGAUCAAUCCCAACCAGUUUCUGGGAUCUUCCCAAUCUCAUGACUCUCGAUCUUUCUUUUAAUAGACUGACAGGAGAAAUACCACCAGAUGCAUCCGCGCCAAAAUAUACAUAUUUGGCUGGGAAUAUGUUUUCAGGAAAAGUUGAAUCAGGAUCUUUCCUUACUGCAAGCACUAAUAUUGAUAUUUCUUAUAAUAACUUCACAUGGUCUCCAAACUGCAAAAAUAGGAAGAAUGUAAACACAUAUGAGAGCUCACGUUCAAGAAACAGUUUAACCAGACUUCUUCCAUGUUCAGCCAUAAACCAAUGCCAAAAUUAUAGUAGAUCGCUGCAUAUAAACUGCGGGGGACCAGAUGUAACUAUCGAAAACUCCCGAGGAAAGUUUCUAUAUGAGGGUGAUAACUAUAACAUUACCAGUUCAGCUAUGAGCUAUCAUGGGAAAUAUUGGGGAUUCAGCAAUACUGGUGAAUUUAUGGAUGAUGCAAUAACAGAAGAUACAUACUCAGUUUCAUCAGAAUCUGCAGUCUCAGCAAAAUAUCCUGAGCUUUACAAGAGUGCUCGGCGUUCUCCUCUGAGUUUGGCUUACUUUGCGUUUUGUUUAGAAAAUGAAACCUACAAUGUGAAACUCCAUUUUGCUGAGAUUCAGUUCUCAGAUGAGGAACCAUUCGCUAGACUAGCAAAACGGUUUUUUAACAUUUACGUUCAGGGGAAGUUGAUUUGGGAGGAUUUCAGCAUCAGGGAAGAGGCUAAUGGAACUCAUAAGGAAGUUAUAAGAGAAGUGAACACGACUGUGACUGAUAACACUUUAGAGAUACGGUUGUACUGGGCGGGGAAAGGCACAACGAUCAUUCCCAAAAGAGGGAACUACGGCUCUCUUAUCUCUGCAAUCUCAGUCUGUCCCAGUUCUGAAUCUGAAUGUGGCGUUCCGGUGCAAAUUCAACCACUCACAAAACAUCACAAGUCAAGAAAAUAUCCUCUCAUUAUCGGCAUAGCAGCCUUAAUACUCUCUCUUGCUUUCUUCAUAUUGGGCGCGUUCUAUUGGAGAAUAUGCGUUAGAAAUGUAGCUUCAGGAAAAAGAGGUUCCUUCAAUCUGAGGCAACUAAAAGUUGCCACUGACAAUUUUAAUCCCUUAGACAAGAUUGGGGAAGGCGGCUUUGGAUCUGUUUAUAAGGGGCGACUACCGAAUGGUACAUUGAUUGCUGUAAAGAAGCUAUCUUCCAAAUCAUGUCAAGGAAACAAAGAGUUUAUAAACGAGAUUGGUAUAAUCACUUGCCUACAGCACCCGAACCUUGUAAAGCUCUACGGAUGUUGUGUUGACAAAAACCAGCUCCUUCUUGUCUAUGAGUACAUGGAGAACAAUUGUCUUGCAGAUGCAUUAUUUGGAAGAAGCAGUCUGAAACUAGACUGGCAAACAAGACGCAAAAUAUGCUUGGGAAUAGCGAAAGGGCUUGCGUUUCUUCACGAAGAUUCAGCGGUCAAGAUCAUUCACCGAGACAUCAAAGGGACAAAUGUACUGCUUGACAAGGAUCUGAACUCAAAGAUCUCAGACUUCGGAUUGGCCAGGCUCCAUGAAGAUGAUCAGAGUCACAUUACCACCAGAGUUGCAGGAACAAUAGGAUAUAUGGCUCCUGAAUAUGCAAUGAGAGGUCACCUAACAGAGAAGGCAGACGUUUACAGCUUCGGUGUGGUAGCAAUGGAGAUCAUUAGCGGAAAGAGCAACGCAAAUUACACUCCAGAUAACGAAUGUUGCGUUGGCCUUCUCGAUUGGGCGUUUGUACUACAAAAGAAAGGAGCUUUCUCGGAGAUUCUUGAUCCCAAGCUAGAAGGAGUGUUCGAUGUGAUGGAAGCAGAGAGAAUGAUAAAGGUUUCACUUUUAUGCUCCAGCAAGUCUCCAACAUCAAGGCCAAGCAUGUCGGAAGUUGUGAAGAUGCUCGAAGGAGAGACUGAGAUAGAACAGAUCAUCUCAGACCCCGGAGAUGAACUGAGGUUUAAGAGAUCGUCGGAGAUAGGGACAUCGUCUUUACCUUCCGAUUACCUCGUGUCGAUUAAUUCGUCCUGUGAAUCUGCUUACGAUCUGUACCCUCUUAGUGCGGAAUCCAUUGUUUUCUCUAGACCAUAGCGUAAACGGAGGUUCGAUGAAGAUCUCUGUUACGUUAAGUGUUUUUUUCCAAUAAAUUUCAUUGUUUAAAUAAAGACUGUAACUUUGGUUUAUAAGAAUAAUAAUAAUAAUAAUGACGCUUUCAAGUCAUGGACCCAAAGAAAUGUUCAAUUGGGUUGUGAAAUCAGGGUUUAUAAGAACUCGUUCGCGCCGUGGAUGUACUCGUAGUCCGGCUACGUCGACGUAAUCCCCCUCUCUACUGGCGAGGAUAUCACGAUGAUACUUCCCGGUGUCUCCGACCUGAGCUCGACAAUGGCACCUAC